AUGUCAAGUCUGAGGCAUUUCCUCCGAGAUUCUGCAGAUGGAUUCGACAUGCAACUGAUCGGAAAUUUCCUGAGUUUUGCUUCGAGGGGGGAUAGGGUUGGAUUAAACCAGAUGUUAAGGGAAGGAAUAUCUCCCAACGUGCAGGACUAUGAUAAGAGAACUGCACUUCAUCUUGCUGCCAGUGAAGGCCACGCCUCCAUUGUCGAGCUUCUUUUGGCAUACGACGUUGAUGUUAACCUUCAAGACCGUUGGCAAAAGACUCCAUUAGCAGAUGCAAGGUUGUAUGGACAUCGAGAUAUAUGCAAGAUCCUUGAAGGCAAUGGAGGCAAGGAAUAUGUAGAAGAUCAACCAAUGCCAGUUCGCCAUGAAAAUGAUUCGCUGGAGGACAUCGACAUCUCUGAAUUGACUUCAUAUCGAUCAUCAGCAAUAGAGCAGGGGCUAUUUGGUGUCUCGGAAAAGGUCAAGUGGCGUGGAACUUGGGUGAUGAAAACAGUUUUCUCGAGACACAUAUAUCAACCUGAGAAAAUGGUUUUGACUGCAAAAGAUAAUACUCUUCUCAGGGAACUUCGACAUCCAAAUAUUUUGCAGUUUCUUGGGUCAAUUGUACAAGGUGAAGAGAUGAUCUUGAUUACAGAGUAUUUACCAAAGGGGAACUUGGAUGAUAUUUUAGGUAGAAAGGUUCGUCUUGAUCCUGCAAUUUGUCUACGCUAUGCACUUGAUAUUGCUAGGGGAAUGAAUUAUCUUCAUCAGCACAAGCCUUGCUCCAUAGUUCACAAUAAUUUGCAUCUUCGGAACUUGUUGCUUGAUGAAGGCGACCACUUGAAGAUCGGUGAAUAUUGGAUCCAUAUGUUGUACGAGAGAAUACACCCAAAUCAAGAGACCCAAUUAAGUGACAUCCUUAACAACUCACCAAAUGAUACUAAGAAAGACAUUCGCUCUUUUGGUAUUAUAUUUUAUCAGAUGCUGGUGGGCAAGCACACCAACAUGAACUCUGAGAAUAUGAAUCUCCAGUCUGUUGAAUUUGAAAAGAAGUUCAGUAUGAGUCGAUGCCCUGGAAGAAUCAUUCAGCUGAUAGAACAGUGCACCACACAGUACGAGUUCCGAUUGUCUUUGUCCCGGAGGAACCAUAAGGCAAAUAGGUGGNCCGAUUGUCUUUGUCCCGGAGGAACUAUAAGGCAAAGAGGUGGAGCCGAUCACCUUCCUAAAUAUGGCCAGUCGACAGAAGUUCGUCAACGCAUGCAUCAAUUGUCAUUCCUCCCUUAUGAUACGAGUGGGGCAAUUGAAGUAAGAUCCGUUCCAACACUAACCAUCUGUUCAAGGGAAGUCGAAACCUCUCGUGCACCGAACAUUUUCUUCUUUGCUUUCCCCUACCUAUGCUUGGUUUUUCUUUUAUCCCCACUAUGGUGUGCAGAUAUAUUCAUGGAUGAGUUUGUUCGACCUUCAACUGGGCUGCCACUUGAAUCUGUGGCUUCCGCGUUUAUGGGCAACUUGUCACAUCCGUACUCUCUGUCGCUAUCUGUGCCUAACUCAAAACCACGAUUGAGAGUAUUCACUCAUGCUACCUAA